AUGGCCGACCUUCAUAGCGGUAUCGGUCAUCAGCAAGGAGCUGGUGAUCCUUUUACCCUGGUGACAUACAAGAAGAAUAGUCCACAAGGUAGUCCUUUUGUGUUUAAGCCUGUUGGACAAGAUUGUUCCUUUUGGAGGGUGAACCCAAAUGCAAUUGCGAAAGACAUCCUAUCUGCUGCUCAGGAACCUAUCCUACGCCAUCAGGUAAAUAAUGAUGGCUCCAUGUGUAUCUUUGUGAAAACCGAGGGUGCAGUCUCUAAUCUUCUUGACCUUCGGUCUGUCGCCAGCAUUGAUGUUACCGUUGUCAUCCCAACGUCGAAUGUCACGAAUCAAGGGAAAAUCACCGAUGUGCCGCUGGCGUACUCAAAUCAAGACCUCGCCGCCGAUUUGGAAUCAGAGGGUGUUCUAUCGGCUCGGAGUCAAGUGCGUCAUGUCUCCACUGAAGAAGGGUCUGACAGGUACAUUCCCUUGAAGAGUGUCAUACUCACGUUUCGGCCCACACAGAAGCUACCCCAAGAAGUCCAUCUGGGAUUCUCCAUCCACAAGGUACGCGAGUACGUGGAAGGUCCACUGCAAUGUUUCCUUUGCCAAAGGUUUGGCCACCUUGCCCGUAACUGCCGUUGGCCUCAACGUUGUAAAGUUUGCUCUGGCCCACACCAUGUGAAGGACUGCACAACUCGUCGUCAACCCAAAUGUGCCAACUGUGGGGGCCCUCAUAUCGUCUCCCAUUCCCAAUGCCCUCAUAAGCGUUCAGCAAUACGACGUUUUCAAGCAACCCCCCGCAACCCCCGCAGCAACCUAGCUGGUCUGGAACAGGUGUCACCAACGCCCGUGUCACUUAUGCUGGUGCUGUAA